UGCUCGUUAAUAGAAAUCUCAAAGCCCAUGACCGUUCAUGUGACGUCGCGACAGCUACCAGACUAGCGCACGUUGUUCCUCUCCUCCGUUCUCCUCCGCCAUCAACUUUCCUUUCCUUCAGUCACAAAAACAAAAUCCUCUGAUCGUUUGAAGAUGGACGCUCUCUUCGACGCAAUCAACGUUCGAGACCUUCUCUCAACGAGUGAUCUCAGGGACCCAACCGCACCCCUCUCCGCACCCGAUCUCCGCCUCCUCAUAACCCGCCUCGAAUCUCACUCUCUCCAAAUCAAAUCGAAAGUUAAAUCCUACAUCCUCGCUCACCACAGUGACUUCUCCUCUCUCUUCUCCCUCUGCAACGACGCCGUUUCUCGAACCGACCAGAUUAACCAGUGCCUAUUAGAUCUUCUAGCUCUGGUUUCCGAUUCUCCGAUUGAUGGCGAGAUUAGGGAGAUUGUUGAGGAGUUGAGUGGGAAGAUGAAGGAGGCGAGGGAAAAGAGGGAAAUAUUGGAUUUGGUGAGGAUAAUUGUGGGAAUUAGUGAGAGGUUGGGAGGGAUAAAAGAGGGAGUGAAGAAUGGACGGCUGAGACUUGCGGCUGUUGAUAUUAGGGAUUUGAAGAAGGUAUUGAGGAUUGGUGAUGAGGAGGAGAGAGAGCCUGUUGUGUAUGGUUUGUUGAGGAAGGAGUGGCUCGAUUGCUUCGAGGAGAUUCAAGAGAUGCUUGUGAAAUUCGUGGAAAAUGCAGUGCAGUUCGAGCCAGAUUCUAGUAUUGUUCGAGUCAAGUAUCGGUUGAGUGUUGAUGGCAUUGCUGGGGUUGUGGAUCUCCACAGUGUUUUGGACUCAAUGGAAGUGAUUGGUAUAUUAGACUAUGGGUUUGCUAAAGUGGCUGACCAAAUGAUCAAGCAUGUCAUCAUUCCUGUUGUAAAGAAAGGAUCAUCCAUUUUAUCCAUGGAAGAUCUGAAAGACGUCUCCAAAGAAAUGACUGGGGCAAUAUUGAAAAUACUAUCAACAAGCAAUCCAAUGGUCGAUGUGGAUGGUGAGAUCAUCUAUUCAAGGAUUAUUCAGGUUAUAAACUUUGUUUGCAAGUGCAUAUGUUUUGAGAAUCCUUCUUGGAUUCGAUGCUUUGGAAGGUUGACAUGGCCAAGGAUAUCAGAACUUGUUAUUUCUAACUUUCUCUCCAAGGCUGUCCCUGAAGAUGCUUCUAAACUUGCUGGUUUUCAGAAGAUCAUCAAAGACACAUAUGAGUUUGAAACUGCUUUGAAGGAGAUGGCAUUUAUUUCAGCAUCUGAUAGCACAGACCAAAAGUUGAGCAACUUUGCUGAAAAUGUCGAGCUUCACUUUGCUUCUAGGAAGAAGAUCGAAAUCUUGGCAAAGGCUAGAAAUUUGCUUCUACAGUGUGACUUCACUAUUCCUCAAGAAUAUACAAGAAAAGGUCAUCCAAUGAAGUAUUAUAGUGGGACAGCUGUAAAUUAUUAUGAACAUGUUGUUGACUUGCUUUUUCUGUCCGAGAGGUGUUUGGUGUCCAAAGCAGCUACUCAACUGAUGGAUCUUGUACAUCAGACACUUAAGGACAUUUGCUUGUCUUCUCCCAGAGUUGCAUUGGAGUUCUAUCAUGCUGCCAGGGAUGCUAUCCUUCUCUAUGAGGCUGUUGUUCCUGUCAAGCUAGAAAAGCAGCUUGAUGGAGUCAACCAGGUUGCUGUUCUCAUGCACAAUGACUGUUUCUAUCUAUCUCAAGAGAUACUUGGACUGGCAUUUGAGUAUCGGUCAGACUUUCCGAUUUCCAUCAAGGAACAUGCUGUUUUUGUUGAUUUGGCUCCUCGAUUUCAAGUAAUGGCAGAGGAGAUACUGCAGAGACAAAUUCAGCUCGUUAUUUCUAAUUUGAAAGAGGCCAUAGAUGGUGCUGAUGGUUUUCAGAACACUCAUCAGGUUCAGCAAUUUGAAUCAGCAAAAUUUAGCAUAGAUCAGGUUGUUUUUAUUCUUGAAAAAGUACAUAUUAUCUGGGAGCCACUCUUGCUGCCAUCUACUUACAAGAAAAGCUUGUGUAUGGUUCUAGAGUCCGUUUUUUCUAGAGUCACGAAAGACAUACUCCUCCUAGAUGAUAUGGCAGCUGAGGAAACAUUACAGCUUCAAAGACUGAUCCAUUUGAUGCUGGAAAGCAUAUCAUCUUUAAUGGAAUCUCUGAGUACUGUCAUUCAAAAGGAGAGGCCAGAAGAGUAUCAUACAAGUCUUGUAGAUGAUCUAAUACCAUCAUUACGUAAAAUCCGUAAAGUUGCAGAACUUCUGGACAUGCCUUUAAAAUCCAUUACAACAGCUUGGGAAAGUGGGGAACUCAUCAGCAUUGGGUUUACGAUGCUAGAGGUAAAAGAUUUCAUCAAAGCAAUAUUUACAGACUCCCCUCUGCGAAAAGAAUGCCUAUGGAGGAUAGAAAACGUCGGCCUGUAAGCAACUAAUUUAAACUCAAUUACCAUCUCACUCACUAGUUAAAGAGGGGAAGGGGAGAAAGAAAACAUUUCCAAUAGUUACGUUUUUUUGUGGCUGGGCUGUUGGAGUAAAUCAUGCGAACAUUCAUUGCUUCCCCAGUCCAAUCAAAAGAGGUAGAUUUACAGUUUUGUCACAGAUUUUGUGAAGUUAAAUCAAUGGAGGACACGGCAGAAUUUAGAUUGAAGGUGUUUUCUGUAGAAAGUAGAAUACCUGCCUGUACAUUUACCAAUUAUUUAUCCUAGGAAGAGUGAGGGAAAAGUCGGAUCAUUUUUGCCAAGGAAUUUUAUAAACCGUGUAUCAUUUUACAACUUCUUGACAGCUAGUUGCGGUAGAUAUUUCAGCAAACUGUGCAAAUGCUAUAAACUAGUGGCCUUCUAAAGAACGUAUUUGGUUAAAAAUCAAUAGGUGAAAUCCUUAUAUGCAGCCAAGUUUUGAUGUUUCGAGGUUGAGGGAUGGUGGUGAAUGCUUUGUUGUAGCUCAGCGAGUAUUUUGGCAGAUUCCAGGAAAUUUUGGGUGGUGCUCUGCUGUUAGGACUGAAGAUGCUAGAGCUAAAGUGGUGUUGGUUUUACUUGGUGUAAAAUAAUAAUUUAGAGUUUUUAGCGAUAUAAUAACAAUUUAGUCUCUUUGACCUUAAAUUAUAACUUAAUUACUGUUUAUGAA